CUCCUAUGGAAAGUUGGGGGGAGAACGGGAAAAUACAGCAGCUGAGAAUUGCCAUUGUGGAAUAUUUUUAAAUUUCCAUAUCAAAUGAAUAGUGAUCUGAAGAAGAGUGGUUCCGUAGCCAGGAUAGACAAACCCGCACCGGUAUCCGGAAAUCUUGUUGCCGCCAGCGGUUUUGCUCCCAAUCGUUGGGUCAAACUGAAUGUGGGUGGACAAAUCUACGCUACUACCAUCGACACCCUGGUGGGCAGAGAACCGGAUUCAAUGCUUGCUAGGAUGUUCCUGCAAGAUGGCAGCAUGAUGCCGAGCGAGAGGGACGAGCAGGGAGCAUUCCUAAUUGAUCGGAGUCCUCAUUAUUUCGAGCCGAUCAUCAAUUAUCUUCGCCAUGGCCAAUUCGUCUGCGAUUCGAACAUCAGUGUGAUGGGCGUUUUGGAGGAGGCGCGGUUCUUUGGAAUCUUUUCGCUCGUCACCCAUUUAGAGGAACGUCUGGGACAGCAGGAGACGCCGCUGGUGGACAGACCAUUAACUCGCAACGACGUCAUCAAGGCCAUUAUUCAGACCUCUGUGAUAACGGAGCUGCGCUUUCAGGGCGUUAAUCUGUCCGGGGCCGAUCUACGAAAGCUAGAUUUUCGAAACAUUAACUUUAAGUAUGCCAACAUGUCGCACUGCAAUUUGUCCCACACCAAUCUUAACUACUGCUGUCUUGAACGGGCGGAUCUCCAGUACGCCAACUUGGAAUGUGCCCAACUAGUGUCAGUUCGGGGACUUUGCGCGAAUAUGGAAGGUGCCAAUCUGCGUGGGUGUAAUUUCGAAGACCCAACCGGAGUUCGAACCAAUCUUGAGGGUGUUAACCUCAAAGGAGCAUGCCUGGAAAGCAGCAACAUGGCCGGUGUUAACUUACGUGUGGCAAAUUUAAAAAACGCGAAUAUGAAGAACUGUAAUUUGCGAGCUGCGGUCUUAGCGGGUGCCGAUCUGGAAAAAUGCAAUCUUUCGGGCAGCGACUUGCAGGAGGCAAAUUUGCGUGGGGCCAAUUUAAAGGACGCAGAGCUUACCCUAAUGGUUACCCCAUUGCACAUGUCACAGGCCAUACGAUGAUUUCUGCGUUGGUUACCUAUCACGUUUUGGGUCUUUAUAAAUAUAAAUAAAUACUUUAACAUUAUUUACUGUAAAUAGCGGUAGUUUUUAAAAUAAACAGAAUUACGACUAUA